GUGUUACCGGUGUGUGGGACGCACCGUCGUGCUGUAACGUUAUCGGGCCGUGCAUCCUUCGACCAUACGGACACUGCCCAACUCGGUAUCGGAACUGGCACACUGUUGAAGCGCACGACGGAUGACCAUCCCUCCAGCGGCAGCCCAUUGGCGUGCCAGAACUUUAUGUCACUCUGCCCAAACUCUACCCGUUGCCGACGUAUCCGUGAGCACUGCGCGGACUUCUUUGACAUCCUUUCGCCCGCCAAGCAGCUGCAGUAGGUCGUAUACGCAAGCCUCAACCGGGUGUGACAACUCCUGUCAUUGUGCCGCUCGCGAAAUCAUAGAAUAGACCAACAAUGGACACGCUCAUUGGGACCAAUGAGUGCGCCUGUGAACCG